AUGGCCCGACUGAGGGAGGCCAUUGAGCACAGCACAGCCAAGGAUCUUGUCGUGGACCUUCUGGACGGGCCAGGCACUUACUCCGUUGCCUGGGGUGAGUUGGAGUCCUGGUUUGGAGGAGCAGACAGGCAUCUAGAGCAGCAGAUACGAGAGGUCAUGACGCAGGCCAGAAUUGCCAACGAACGAGAUCUGGAAGGCCUGCAAAAGUAUGCCGUCAAGCUCCGCAGCACGAUUGCUAACAUUUGCACCAGUGGCAGCACGCCGAGUCAAGAGCUGUACAUAAUUGCGACGGAGAAGAUUCCCAAGUCCAUGCUAAUCAAGUUCUUCGAUAAGCAUGGAACUGGCAGCACUGACAUCGAUGCGUUCGCCACGUGGCUGUUAAGUUACGUCAAGAACUUGAAGCAUGCCACGGACCGGCUUGGGUUGCUCGAAAAGCAGGAGACGCGAUCCCAAAGCACUUCGCAACCUAAACCGAAGAUGAAGCAUCAGACAUUGGCAGCGGCCAGUGUCCGCGGGCAGGACAAAAAGUCGGCAGCCACAAAAUCUCCAGCACGGCAACAAAAGUGCCGAAAGUGUAACGGGUCGCAUCAGUUGCGUCACUGCAACGAAUUCAAGGCGCUAGGUGUCAACAAGCGCAAUGAGUUGGCUAGGCUGCUGAAUCUAUGUUUGAACUGCCUGGGUGAUGGCCAUUGGGCGCGAGAGUGUGAGUCAGCUGCCUGCACGGAAUGUAAUGGCAAGCAUCACUUGUUGCUCCACACCGAGCACAAGCCUGCUUCUGACAAGGCUGACAAGGCGCCACAAUCCACAGAAGAGACCACACAUCAUGGAACCGACUCCGCUGGCGGGUUGCCAAUGACCGAAGACGGCGCAAGCGGGUCAACAUCAUUUAUGACAGUUCCUGUGCAGGUCAUGAACAGGGCACAUUCCGCCAUGGCGAAUGUGCUACUGGACUCUGGCUCGAGCUGCAGCUAUGUGUCAGAGCAGCUCGCAAGGCGACUACAUCUUCAAGGAAACGACAAGGACGUGAGUGUGACCGUACUCGGCGGCAAGGUUCUGCGCGGCCGAGGGCGCGUCGUGAAGCUGCACCUUCGCCACCAUGAUAGCAAGGCCACUACUCAACUGGAGGCCUAUGUGAUGCCCAAGAUCACGAGCGAGCUCCCUGUCACCAAUUGGAAUGCCGUGCGGAGCCAGUGGCCACACCUAUCCGACAUUGAGUUUGCAACUGUAGCUCACGCCAAGGUUGACAUACUCGUCGGCUUGAAUGCCGCUGUACUUCACGUCGCGCAGGAGGAGCGAGUUGGCAACGACGGCGAUCCCAUCGCCAGACGAACGCUUCUCGGCUGGGUGUGCUUUGGUCCCAGCAUACGCUCCGAAGGCCUCAGCAGUCACAGCACUUUCCAUGUCGCAGAGGCAACGCGCUCAGGACUGGAUACACUGGUGAAGAAGUUCUGGGAACUUGAAUCAGUCGGGAUGGAGACAUCAUCAGAUGAGUACUUGACACCGGAUGAGCGCCAAGCUGAGAGUAACACCCGUCAGUACAUCCAUCACGUAAAUGGGCGCUUCGAGGUCGCCAUCCCGUGGAAGACAGAGGAGCCGCCUGGGGUCAAGAGCAAUCGAGUUCAAGCUGAGUGUCGACUCAGAUCCUUGGUACGUUCCCUGCAGCGACGGCCUGACGUACAAGUCCGCUACGCCAAGGUACUGGAGGACUACCUUCACAAAUCGUACAUCAGGAUGCUGACAGCACAGGAAGAAUGCAGCGGUGCUACAGACGAGUGGCUCCUUCCGCACUUUCCUGCCGUGUGA